ACGAGAUGGAAAACAUGAGUGGUAAAAGCAAGCCUGGAAUAUGUGGUUUAUUAUUGAUUAUAAUCCAUGGUAUUUCUUCCGUAACUCUUAUCAUAAUUGGCGGUAUGCAUGGCACCAAAUGUUCAGGGGAAACUUUUAUGGACAUAUUACUCGUCAUCACUGGUGUAUCAAUGGUAUUAACGCUACCUUCUGUUACUUCUGUUUACAUCACCACCGCAAGUAAAAUUGUAACGACUGCUACACUUAUAAGCAUAGUUGUAUUGGAUGGAGUUAUUAUCGGCAUUAUUAUAUGGGAAAGCUACUGGAAACGAAUCAACAUUAAAGACAAAAUUAGCUGUCGAUAUAAUACUAUGUUCGUCUUCUUUGCAUUUCAAAUAAUGUGCUUACUUUGUCUGUACCUGGUCGAGGAAGUUAAAAUCAUUAUGGCGAAAGUUUUGGAGGAGGCAAGGAAAUCUAGAAAUCCAACAGAGAAAAAGACUAGAAGGGUGUUGCAAAGUGCCUGAACUUGUUUUUUAUCAAUUACAUAUACCGCAGUACCAAUUGCAGUUAAGCAAAAUAUACAACUGGCAACUUGCUCCCCUUCUUUUCCUGUGACACUGUUGCUCUGAGAAUGAAUCAAAGUUUAAAAGUAUGGUCCUGAAAGACAGCGUUUGGUUACUGCCCAUCGAAAAUAACGGAUAUUGAAUAAAGCAAUUAAAUUUCUCUUGCUUGUAAAAACGGUUUUAUUUUCUUUUUCCAGAAUUACAGAAUUUAGCAAAAUUUAAGCUUUUGUAAAACACACUUUUAAAAAAUACCGAAAUGAACUGGAACAAACCCAACAUUUGAUGUUAGGAGCAUUUAUAGGAAUAUGGACGUUUAUUGUUUUUUUUGUCGAAAUAAAGGUAAUUUUUUGAGACGGGUGCUUUAACACAUGCUUUAUCUUUCACGUCUACUUCAUUUACUUCAAAGGUGUUCACACAAUACUUUUGUCUGAUUCUGCUUGUGUUUCAUAGAUGUU